UUUUAACUGUUAAAUUAUCUAUGAUAGAAACAGUCAAGUCUUUCGUAAGACUUUAUAAUAUAAAUAUUUCCGCUCACAUAUACUAAGUAUGUCGAUGUAUUUGAACGAUAGAUAGAAAAGAUCGGAUUUGAAGAUAUGAGAUAUGAUGUUGGUUAAACUGACAUCAAUCUUUGUGAAGGUUUUAGGAGAAUUUAAUUUUCAGAAAGACUCGGAUAUUUAUUUGUUCCUGUUUGUAUGACCGGGUUCAUUUUUCGAACAACGAGGAAGAUAAAACAUAUUUCUAUCAGCUCCAGUGUAUGAAGACGUGGCGAUGAAAACACCAGUGUUAUAUAUGCCCCUGUAUUUAUGGUAAACUUAAACUGGUCAUUCACCGGAAACUGGACACUGGGGAGAGGAUGGACACAUAAUGCAUCACUUCCGUUGGUCAACUUGGACCAGAAAGAGACCAACGGUGACACGAAGCAAAACCAUUGAGAUUGUUGUUUGUGAGCGGAUGAGGAUAUAUAUGUGUACAAAAUCGUUAGAAUGUUUGGAGCGUUCAGCAGGAAGUUACAGAUAUUUCUCCACGUGUUUGAUAAUGUAGCCACACUCUGGAGACACCAGGAAGUCCUUUCAACAUUUGUUGAGAUGUAAAACUGUGUCCGUGACGAUUGGAAAUUCUCUUGUAUGGAAACGCCUACACAUGGGUUUAAAAGCAAACUAAAUCUCAGUACAAUUGAACUGGUAACAGAAAGAUAAUGAUCCAAGUAAGAUUUUCCGGAAACGGAUAUGCAUACACGAGUGCAUGUUUUCAGCAGGCCAUUUUCGUCACGAGAAAUCUAACGGCACUCUCCACGUCUCGUUAUAGUAGUGUACUGUAUAGUUGUACGUGCCAUGUUUAGUCUGGUAUCUGCUAAGCACACAAGCAUUGUCACACUGUUUCUCGUACUAGAAUUGUUUGUGAUGACAGAAAUGGCUACCUUUAUGACCGGAAGUGUUCUGAAACUUGUGUUAGCUACCUUUCUCAUAAGAAUAAGUUCCAGUGUCGUUUUAGAAUUGACAGAAAUAACGACACCUAUGUCAUGGAACGAAGCGUUCUACUCCGGUAAGUGUCGUAUACAGAGUGACGUCAUAGGUGACUUGGACUUCAAUAAAAUAAGAUUUAAUCGUCCAAUUGAUGACGUCACAGAGGCGUGGGUAGGGAUAUUCGCAACAUCCUCUGUUACACUAACAUUUGAAAAUUGUCGAUUGUAUAGAGAAGAAACCCUCGCCGGAUUAAAACAUUUUGUAUUUGACCAUAAUACUGACAUUUUGGAAUCGUGUCUUCAUUUCUGUAACUCCUCAAGAUUUGGGCUCUCAAACGAUACGUGCUUUUGUUUCGAAGGUAACGUACCUUUCUACCAUCCUAUCAUUUUGGUUGACACUGAGCCUUGGUGCCUGUCUGACUACGACGCGCUGUGUGGUUCAGGGCCAACACAACCUCAUGACACUUUGAUCCUAGUAAUUUGUACCUACAGACCGAUAAACAUAUCUACCGGCAUCACUGGGCCCGGGGACUGUGCUACGUACAACAAGACAAAUCAACGGACUAAAAUGGUGGAGUGUGACCUUAAAAACGAUUACGUGUGUAAGCCAGAUAAUCAACAAGCUACCAUACCUAGUGAAACUAAGAGAAGUUGGUGGGAAGCAGCACAGAAAUGUACGCAACAAAAAUCUUUCUUUGGAAACAAGACAUCUGUUAUCGGUGAUGCGGGGUCUCCCGGAACAAGCGUUGAUUCUUAUUGGAUAAACCUUUUCCGAAGGACAUCGUUCUCGUUUAUAGCGCCAGGGGAAGUAGAGGUCGGGCGCUGUGUUGCUGUUCGGAACAACUCUGGAAUCUUUACAUUAUUAGUGAAGGAGUGUAAUGUGCCACUUCCAGUCCUUUGUAACUCUGCAAGCACUAUUGUAACAACGACUGAUAAAUCUGUCACCACUUCGGUCAAAACAGAUGUUUCAACGUCAACGCAUGACGUCACUGCUGACCAGACGAUGGCUGUCGAUGAAACAAAACCAGUGCUAUGGCCGUUGGCUUUUGUUGCUCUCGGAAUUGUCAUCAUCUUAGUAGUCUCUGUGAUAUUAUGGCGCAAGAAUCGAGAGUCGACAAGGAAAAUGCGAACAUCCAAAUUAAUGAAACAUAUGAGCUAUGGUGCAGCAAAACCAGAACAUAACUACGGAUUUAAGAUGGGAAAUGUUUUGUCUUAUGAGACAAGCUUUAUAGAAACGGAACCCAACAGAGUUCCAGCUCAAACUGAAUCACUGUCUGUUUCAUCAAACAUCGGUACAAUAGAGAAUAAGCAAGUGAACUCUUCUGAAUCACCUCCAGACGACAUUUACAAUAGCCUCCACGAGAAGAAAACAGACAAUCAAACUGAUGACGUAUACGAUCACACACGUGAUCCAAACUUGGGUGACGACACAUAUGAUAGCUUCCUCCGUUCGAAUGCUCUCGAGAAUAACAGAACGGCUGACUGUUCGGAAUACGAUACUAUGUCUAAUAUUAAUGCUCAAAGCACUGGAGACUCGAGUAUUUAUGACACGUGUCGUAAGGAGCAUGUGGCAAAACCGGAAGUGACUGGUUUAGAUGAUUAUGAUUCUAUGAUUAAUAUAAAUAGUGCUUAAUAUGGAAUAUAUGUGUGCAAUACAAAUGUCUGAAACACUCAAUCGGAACCUUUCGGGAGUGUGGGAUGUAAUCAAUAAUUGCCCCUAGUAAUGCCUCCUAAGUCUUCCAAAUUCUGAUGUUGUAAUGUGAAUUAAUACACUUUCAUACACAAUUACAUGUAUACUUAUUUAUGAUUUUAGUGUGAUUCGCGUCGAAGCUUAAAGUUCCUAUGUGUUUGCCCGUUUGAUAACAUAUAUAUACAUAUAUAUAACAUUAUUUAUUUAUCAAAAUGCACUGAAAUGUAGACUAUACGAAUAAACCAUGACGAUAUUUUGGUGUA